CGCAACAGCUAUUCAUGCGAUGGACUACUUCUCUAGGUUUCUGCGAACAAAUACUCCGUCCCCGGUGAAGCCCGUCCAGGACAGAGCGGCAGAGUUUAACAAGUCAUGGAAUCUGGUCAAGAACACGCUGCAAUAUCCUGAUGAGCGACAGCUGCUCAAGGGCAUCAGGUCCACUGAUGUCCCGGCACAUCUCCAGAUGAUGGUGGACUCGCUCGUUUGGGAAUCGUCACGAACUGAAGAAGGUGCAACUGGCGCUUGCCUCGAGUACCUGCUGAAGAAUGAUGUUCUUGGAACACUUGUCAAGCUCAGUGAAUCCGACAGACCAUCAGGGAUCCAAGCUGAAGUUCUCCAAGCCGUACAGAACAUGGUUGUCUUGAUGGACGAACAGUUCUUGGUUCACUCCGCCGUGCACAGGGCAGUGCUCAGGCUGCUCCGAAACUGCGUUGGUGACGAUAUCCAGGAGCAACUCGAUGGCCGCACUAGAGUCAUGGGUGCAGCAAAGAACACUGCGCGGAGCCAGCCGUCAGAAUACGAGCUUGACCUGGUCAAUCUGUUGUGCAUCCUCUGUAGUCGUAUACGGACUUACCGGGAACUUCUCAUGAUCUUCUUCCAUGAUAAGCACUGGUAUAGGUCGGAGCCACUUUUCUCGGUCGAAGAAGAGGACGAAGAGGACGAGGAGGAAGAGGAGGACGACCAAAUCAAGGACAAGGUGGAACAAGGCGAAGACAAAUCAUCCGUGGAAACUUCAGAGAAGGCCCUUGACUCUCAACAAACAUCAUCUCGAUCUGGUUCCCCUACUCCCUCGCAGAAUACCAUUACAUCAGCCCCAACAUCUCAACGUAAGACGGAGUACGAAUUUCUACUAUUUAACUACCUCCUUCGGUUUGUGCACCGGGAGGGUCAAAUUGGUGACUUUGCUCGCGCCGGUUUACUCUUCCUCAUGGAUGUGGCGAUGUCACCUGGCGAACCCGUUCAUCGGCUCACCGGCGACACCUCCUCCGUCUCGCAGUCCGCUUCCGCUUCAGAAACUGUUGUUAACGAUCCUAUUGCGGAUGCUGCUAUCGCUCUUGCAGAAUACAUCAUUGAUGGUGACUUCAGUGAGGUGCUUGGUGCUGGUCUAGGAGCUGUUUACUCUCUGCUACCCUCGAAACUCGAAGUAAGGAGCGCUACGUAUCCAAAUGAAAACGCUGGGAGUGGCAUGGUUCUUGGAAGCACAGGACCUUUGAACGAAGAGGAGAUUGAAAAACGGGAGGCUGCAUCGGAAACGAACCGAGGCAUUGGUCUGGAAGAUUCCUCCAGUCCUGACUUCAAAUACCGUCUUGAUCAUUUCUUGAAACUUCUGGAAUUCCUACAAGAUAUCUUUCGGCGCAAUGUCAUUCAUGAUUCUGCUGAGUGUAGUCUCAGCACUUCCACAUUCCUCGGCACUUCAAUUGUGCACUCAAUCUUGGAUGCUGUGCGGCGGAUUUACCUUCAGAAUGUUCUAUAUCCCACCAUUCUUGAAUGCUCAGAUUCGGAUGGCAGCGCAGUAGCAGUCAUGUCUUAUAUCGAUAUUAUCAUCAGGACACUGGAAGAUGGGCAACUUUUGGAUCUUUUCGUCAGAUUCCUUAUGAGUGAGGACAACGACGAAGUUUCGCGCCCAAUCCAUCGGCAACAGGGUCUACUCAACCUUUCAAAUAAUGCUCCUCCUCAAACUGGCGUUGACAGAAAGACGAAACAUGCUCGGCGAAAGAGCAGUGCCAUGACUCUUCUCGAGAUGGAGGCACCUGAUUCCCGGAAGGAAUCCGAGUACUUCACAUCUAUGGGUCGAUUUACCUUGAAGGAUCUUUUGCUGUCGAACCUCCGCUCUUCCAACCAAGCUACUGCCACCGCUACGUUCCAAUUACUUCAAUCGGUUGUCACAAUAUGUUGUCGUCACUCGGUUGAUGGCCUACUUCUUGUGAUACGUGAUGAACGCGCAACAAGCUUCCCUCAGCCUAUCAUGCUAACACCUCCUGCUACACCGUCCGGGGGAAAGCGAUUGCUGGGCGAUGAUGACAGCGAUGAAGAGUUUAUUUACCCCAGUGGAGAAGACAAAAUGCACUCCGUUCCUGCAGGACCUUUUUUCGCCCAACCCACUGUUACCAUCUCAACGCAUGAGCGCGAGAUGGGCUUGUAUCUUACACUUGUUUCCCGCGUCGACCCAGCUCACCAUGAAGACGCCUUCAGCACUGGCUACGACCAUUACCUACGAGACGCGAUGCUUUCGAUUCAGAGCCAUAGCUGCUUCUUCAAUGAUAUCAGUAUGGAUUUACGGAGACAACACAAGCACCGUCUCAACGUUACCGACCCUAUUUUGUCGCUCUUGCUCGAGUCAAUGCGGAAGUUCUUUGCAAAUAGCCCAAAGCUUAACAUUUCUCUGACGGCGGCGCUUGCUGCGCUUGCGGUUUGUCCAGACCGAUCGCUAAGCGGUUGGCUCACGUUUGCGGUUGAUGAAACUUCACGGAUGGAUAUCACCUCUCCCGUUUUUGCGGUGGGAAAUGAUGGAGAUGAUCGUUCCAUGGAUUGGGAGAUUGAAGAUAAGUUGGUGACUGAGACCAACAUCCUCCCUGCAUCGAAGAUGGACGACCGGUCGCGGCCUAUAGUACAUGCCAUCAUACAGGGCUUGGUUGGCCAACUAGAGCGUUACCGCCAGGUUGUCGAAGACUUUGACAAAUACCUGCUGGAACGGCGUCAGGGGCUUCUGUUUUCGGAGAAUCUUACAGAUGCAAUGACGCUGGCUCUUGAGCCCGCAGAAUCUCUUCCCAUUCCUUCUCUCGUAUCGCCACCAGGAACGCCAGCACCCAAGCCCAAGCCCAAGGCGUCCUCGCUUGUCUCAUUCUUGACACCGCGCAAGAGCAAAACAAUGCCAGCAAAGGUGGCUAACAGCGAUGAACCUUCGACGCCUCCCAAGGCGACUGGUCGAUCAUCCGUCUCAACGCCGUUUAGCACGCACUACGAACAAACGCGUCAUAUCACUGUUGAGCCCUUCUUGGCGCCUGUGCCAUCGUCAGCCAACUGGAUGUCCAAGAAGUCUGCCAGGCGGAAUACAAAUGAUGACGACCUUUUCGCUGCUUCUCGCCAAUGGGGUGACGGCCCACCCGAGACCUCAGUCGAUGAGGAAGACGAAGAGGACCAGGAGGUUACUCAUGUUUCACUCUCGCACUUGCUCGACAACGUAGUGAUUUUGGAGGAGUGUAUCAAGGAACUUGUUGCUAUCAUCCAUGCCCGGCGGAGUCUAGGGAUUGAUUCAGUCCGAUACGUGUAGUCAUAGUCAAGGUUUAUGUGCGUAGCUACGGUUACAGAGAAUCACUAAUACAACCUGCUAGCAGGAAAAGAGAGCAAAGUAGAAAGCUGUAAUAGACAUUUACGAGGAUGCUACUGAGUCUUCCUGGCCCUUCCUGACCUCCUGCCUGCUGACGGAGGUUUACUUGCUGCAGUCUUCGCCUGGCCACCGGUCAACGACUGCUGGAGCUUCUCAAAUUCAGCGUCGUCAAUUUCUGGAGGGAUAGCGGCUUUCGUUCUCUUCUUUGGGGAUUCAUGUUCCCCGCUGGAAGGGUUGCUCCGAUCUCGUUUUCUCCCUUUCUUAGUCGUCGACUCCUCGUCUAGGUUGGCGUACUUCGCCUCCAGGUUAUCGAAGAAUGACCCGCGGUCCUUCUGACGCUUGAGAAUAAGGGCCUGCAAGGCGGACGUAUCGCCAUCUUCUUGAGUAUCCUGUUGCUUCUUCCCCUUACCCUUCCUCUGUCCGACCUUCCCACUUCCAUAAAACUCGUCCCAGACACCGAGUUCCUUCGCCAGCUCCUCUGCCUCCUUUGCUUCUUUCUGCGAUUGCUUCUUUCGCACCAAUUUCGCCUUUUCGUCCUUCGAACUCGACUCCCAUAGAGGAAGCGCAUCUAGCUCGCCUUCAGAAAUGAGCUUCGAUAGGAGCACGAUAAAACGUGGCUCGUCGUCCACGGUCGAGUGAGGGAUGUGCUUCAUAAUAUCGUCCAGUGAGCCGCUACUCUCGAUGUAUGCAGCCUUAAGGUCCUCGACUUCCUCAGAUGAACCUGAUACUCUUUCUUCAUCUCAUCUAGCUUUUCACGGGUAACACGAUCGAAAAGGUCUUCAAAGUAUGCUUCCCAACCUCCGUCCUCGUCCGCUUCAAUACCGAGACCUUCGUCUGUACGCCCUGUGCUAUCAUAUCGUUUCCUGCGUUUCUCGUCGCUGAGGACAGCGUAUGCGAAGCUGACUUGCUGAAAUUUCGUAGAUGCGCGCUUGCGCUCCUCCUCGCUUGAAUUGGAAUGUUUGUCGGGGUGAUACACGAGGGCAAGCUUGCGGUAUGACUUCCUGAUAGUCUCUGCGUCGGCACUGGACUGCAGGGUAAGAACGGCAUAUAGGUCGACAUUCUCCUCCCCAAGGAAGAAGUUGGAAAUGGGAUCUUCGCCGUCCAUGGUUG